UUUUAGUAUUUUUUGAAGCCUCUAGUACGGUCACACUAAUGAGAACGCAACAAUAGGCCGAGAAAAACGAAAUCGACAAGGAAACUUACAUAUUUUAGAGUCCAAUUGGGCUGAUAUAUUGUCAUGCAAAGUGCCUGCGAAACCAAGGGACUUGCAAUGGAGGUCACUAGUGCUAAAAUCACAGCCCUAACCACAUCCACGUCCACUUCCGGAUGCACAAACUCCAAUGCCAACAGCGAUAAAAUGAACUACGCACUGCAAGUCGCCCUGCAAACGAUCAAAGAAAGAUGCAUCCAGUUGCAAAGACGUGUGGCCAAAAUGGAGGAGGAGAACCAGCGAUUGAGGGAGGUCUCUUCGCGGACAGAGGGUGCUCCUCCGCUUGUCACCGGAAUCAACGGGGAUGUCCUCUCCCUGCGCGCACAAGUAUCCGAAUUGCAGCGUCAAAAGGAGCAGUUGGAGGAGCACAUUGGCAUGGUCUCGAAUGAGAACCGGCGCCUGUGGUCCCGCUUAUCGCAGAUUUCCAAGGAUCAGCAGCAGCUACACCCAGUGCCCAGCUCCCCAGCACAGCAAAACCAGAAUCUGGUGCGCUCCAAGACCUUCACCCAGCACUCGCCCAAUCCUCAUCUGCGCCAAAAGAUGCUCUCCGAUGGUCUCAAGGAUCUAAGUCUAGAGGAAAUUGCCCUGGAUGACUUUGGGGCCAGCAAUGAGGAGCUGGGCUAUCCCUACAAUCUGCAAAAGGUGGAGGAGUCGACCAGCGAAUCACCAGAUGCCAAUGUGGAUGCCAAAAGAUGCAUGGACGGAUUGCAGGAGAUGAGGCGGGAGGCCAUGAAGCAGCAGCAGGAGCUCAGCUCGGCAUUGACUUUACUAGAAGGUCGCAUUGAACUUCAACCAUGCCCAGAGUGCGCCCAGAAAACGGCUAAGAAACCGGAGAUGGCCGACAAAAGCCUAGAAACGGAUGACAGCCUCACCAGCGAACUGAAGAUCCAUGAAAGCCAACACAAUGGAACGCCGCCCAGCCAGAGGAUUAACAUAAUACAAGAAAAGAUCAAGGCCGAUGCAGCAGAUGCCAUGGAGAAAACAUGUCCCAUGUGCGGCAAACUGUAUUCCAGUCAGGUGUCCUUUAAUGCCUUCCGCGAGCACGUGGAGAUGCACUUCAUCGACGAUGAUGCCCUCGAUUUCGAACCGGCGGAGAACAGCGUGGAGCGGCAAUUCGAGUUCAUUUCGCAUGCUGUGGGCGACUUCUGACCCAGCAGGCGCAUCUAUUUCGCCACCGAGCUCUGACCUAUGGUAACAUCCCAAGUUAAGAUUGCAGUUUGACUGCCCACAAACCGCGUGCUUGUUACGUUUCUAUUGAAUAGCCCUGUAAGCGUACAUAUAUCAAAAUUUGGUUACAUUCUACCUAUAAUAUAUAUAUAUAUAUAUCUACCGUGAGUGUGCAUGAAUACUUAGUUAUUAGUGACAAUACAAAAUACAGUUUAAAUGUAAAGCCUGAUAAAAAUGUUAAGCCGCUUUCUUCGGUGGGAAAAGUGAAACUACCGCCCUGGCCAACAUAUUAAUUAUUAUAUGUGUUUUAUCAAUGCUGUCACAUAAUGAUGUUAAAAAUAAUAUAUUAUCAAUGCUGACAAA